AAAACAUUUUGUCAAAUAUUAACUGUUUCAGAACUGUAAAUUUCUGUUACAUUUUUAAAUUUGUUAAGCACUUUUUGUAAUGUAACAUCAGACUAAAUGAUGAAAAAUCUUAAUUCUAUGAUCAAUAACAGAUAGAUGUCUUUAAUUAUUUUUAACUGACUGCCUCUGAGGCCCAAAUUUUAAACAAAUUAUUAAGUUCCUUAUUAAAUGUACCAAUAUUGUUAUUGAUUUAAUGCAGUUAUUACAAUUAGUAUUUUGGUAGGUCCUUAAUCAAUGAGGUUUCUUGAUUUUGUUGAAUAUUGAUGCAAAAUAAAUGUUAUUGCUUGGUUUUGUGAGUAAAGCAUAAAAUAUAAUUAUUGCUCAGAUAAAACAGUUUUGUCCAGAAACUUUACAAAUGAUUUUACCAAGUCAGUUGUUCCACCCACCAACGAAGACUGUGUGUUCAGUCUGACACCUUGGUAAAACUAGUAAGCAGUGAUAAAAGGAGUAAACAUUUGUAUCAAUUAUAUACGUUGUUUAUGGCACUGCAGAUUGUCGUGUACACUUGUGGGGAGACUCAGGCAGCCAUUGGCAUCAAGACCUCUCUCUAAGUUAUUACCUACUUUAUUUUGCUGCUCUAUGCCUUUUUUAUUUUAGCAUAAAUGUGUCCCAAAUAUUUUCAUACUAUGAAUACAAAUAUUUUUAAUACUUUUCUCUUUAACUCUAUUAAAACUCUCAAACUUGAUUCAGAAGUGCUUUAAUUUUAUUGUCAUUUGUUACAUAAAGUGCUUUAUAGUAUUAUUUUGGGAAUUUGAAUAGCAAAUACAGAUCACUCAAAAAUUGAAAUGUCAAACUGUUAUAAAUAUUUACCUACGAACCGUAGCAGGCGAUCUGGAUUCUAUUUGAAGAAGCGGCAAACUAAACGAUACCUAUUCAUGUUGUUACUUUUUGUCAGCCUCAUGUUCAUGAUACUUUAUGAGUUCUAUUUCACCAUCGCUGAACGAGCCAAGAAUGGAGAGUCAGAGGCGGGGAUCUUUGAGUCUAUCUUGUGUCAGUACAUUUUCUAGGUAUUCAUGUUAACUGUUUGCCCAAAGAAGGACAAUUCUUCAGUGAUACAAUUAAGGAAUAAAGUUGAAGACAUCAACAAAGCGCAGACAAUCAGAAACUCUGAUAGAUUUGAGAUUACAGAAGAAACCAUUGUCUUCGUGAUUCAGGUUCACAAAAGAUCAGCUCACUUGAGGGGACUCAUUGAAAGCCUUCAUUCAGUAGUGGGUAUCAAUUCUUCUCUUCUGAUAUUCAGUCAUGAUUACUUUGACGAGGAAAUCAAUGAAGUAGUGAAUUCUGUUGAUUUCGCGCCAGUGAUGCAAAUAUUCUUACCAUUCAGUAUUCAGUUAUAUCCUGCAGAGUUCCCAGGAUUCAGUCCUAAUGACUGUCCUUGGGAUGUGGGUGUUCAAAAGGCCAAACAGCUGGACUGCCAGGGUGCCCAGACCCCAGACCAUUAUGGACACUACAGACAGGGUGAGGUCACCCAGAUCAAACAUCACUGGUGGUGGAAGAUCAACAGGGUGUUUGAUCACCUCAAAGUCACCAAAAAUUUUGAUGGUUAUGUUCUGUUCCUGGAGGAAGAUUAUUACGUAGCCCCUGACAUCCUACAUACACUACAUCUGAUGAUCGACUUUUCCGUAGACAAUUGUACUGAAUGCAACAGCUUUCACCUUGGGACUUUCACAAAAACUCUAAGUUAUGAAGAGGAAGCGAAUAAGGUAGAUAUAGGACAAUGGAACAACCUAGGUUUCUCAUUCAAUCGCACGUUCUGGAACGUACUGCGAGAAUGUGCCAGUGUGUUCUGCACAUUUGAUGACUACAAUUGGGACUGGAGUUACCAGUAUGCUGCACAGCAAUGCUUCUUCCAGAAACUAACACCACUCGUUGUGAGAGCCUCCCGGGUAUUCCAUGUGGGAGACUGUGAUGGGAUGCAUAACCAGAGAGAUGACUGCAACUUUGAGACUUCGCUCCAAUCAGCCAAGGACUUGGUGGAGUCGGAGAAGAGGUACUUUUUCCCAGAAAGCUUGAUUAUAUUAGGGAGGAAUUAUCAUCAGGCGAGAGUUCAGAAGGGAUGGGGAGGUUGGUCUGACCCUCGGGACAUCCAACUGUGUCUCGACAUCACUUCUCUGGAUACUAGCUGACGGAAACAUACAUUUACCAAUUGUUUAUGUAUACAUGUGAUUAAUCCUAUAUUGAUAUGGAUUGUAUAUAGCUCGAAUUUUGUAUCUACGAGUAUUAUAAUUUGUUAAUAAAUAGUGUUUUUGUACAGUU